CUGUGCCACUGAAGGACAAAGAAGAAAAAGAAGACCCGGUAGUGGUCGCCGCUCGGCGUUACAAAGUAAACCGGAGAGGUUCGCUCCAAGUACAGAGUGCGUCUUUUUUUGUUUUACGAGCGCAACAAGCAGCUUUUCGCUGCUCACCAUAAUUAGACAACGACACAGGCUGCUAACCCUCGUCGGCGCUGUCGGAGAUGGACGCAGAAGAUUCGUGGCGCCUGUUGAAAGAGCUGCUCGCCUCCCGCAUCGAACCGACCGCCAAGGCGACCUCCCGCAGCGUCCUGCACAAACUCGAAGAGCUGCGAAACGGAGUGAAAGGUCGGGAGGAGGAGAGCGAAGAGCUCAGGCACGAGGAGGGCGCCUUCGAUUACUACGUGGCUCUCAUCACCGAGGAGGCCGUCAUGUCGGCGGUGGAGAUCGUGAUGGCUGAGUCCGAAGCCUUUGUCAAGAAGCUGUGCGCCGAUUACACGUCCAGAAUAUCCAGGUACGAGAAGGAGAUCGAGCGCUUCAAGCAGCAGCUCGAUACACUCGGAGGAGAACUGGGACAUGUCAGCUGGAAGGACCGGCGUUUCACUCGAUCGCCCUACGCCAGCGGCACUGGUGAUACGCCGUUUAAUCCAAGCAGGGACGCCGGGGCUGUUGGAGCCGAAGACGGGCCUGCCAGGCUGCAGUGGGCGUCGAGGAAAGCGGGCGACUGGAUCGGUCAGCGAGACAAACGCAAAGCGGAGCCGGAGCUAUUGGGAUCCAUCCGAACGGACUCGAACUGGAGUUUGGCUGAUCAGGACCCUAACAGAUCGGUGGCGUUCAGCAGCCAUAAAAAAGCAGAAGUGAGUGUAAGGAGCAGAAGGAGGAAAGGAACACCAGAGAGCAUUGUGGGAAUGGCACAUGCCUGCCUGGGCUUCUUGGAGUUGGGCAAUGAAAACGGAGAGAGAGCUCCUGACCUUAGCUUUUGGAAAUCCGAACGUGGAGCCACUAAGCAGGUGUCAAGUUUCUGUAAGGACGACGAUACUCAAGUGAACUCUGCCGAGAUGUCGGAUGAUAGUUUGAACCCAGCUUCCAGUAGUAAUAAUGAGGUGGAAUUUAAUAUUAAAGAGGAGGUCCUAGAAGUGGAACUUUCCCCCGGUACUAAAAAUCAGAAGCUGACCAAGGACUGUGCCAGUGAGGAAAUAUUCUCUGACCAUGAUGUCAAUGAAAGUGAGCAGGGAGCAGCCAUACAGGGUAGUCCAUCCUCAUCAUCUUGGCUAGAGAUUGGACCUGGAGGUGAGCAUGGAGACAAGGAAAGAGGUGGAAUUAGGCUAAUGCAGAGAGGAAUUAUGGAAAAACUGAAGAAGGUCCAUGCUGUAGGCGAGCCUCACGCCUCUGACAACAGCCCAAAGACCUUCAGUAAAUCCCAUCCCCUUACAAUACACCAGACGGUUCCUACAGAGCCUGAAAAACCAUUCCAAUGCACUCAGUGUGGAAAGUGUUUCAGGGAGGCUGCCCACCUUAAACUCCACCAAAGAACUCACUCAACUGCAAAAGUCUAUCAGUGUCCAGAAUGUGGGAAGACUUUCAACCAUUCUGGAAACUUCAGGGAGCAUCAAAAAGUUCACACUGGUGAAAGACCGUACCAGUGUACCGAAUGUGGAAAGUGUUUUACCCAAGCUAUAGACCUUAGACGACACACAAGAACUCAUACUGGCGAAAAACCUUACCAGUGUACCGAGUGCGGGAAAUGCUUCAGCCAUUCAGUGAGCCUUAGGGAUCACCAGAGGACUCACACGGGAGAAAAACCGUACCACUGUGAUGUGUGUGGAAAGUGUUUCAGCCAGUCAUCCCACCUUAAGCUUCAUCAGAGGAUCCACACGGGAGAAAAACCAUACCAGUGCUCAGAGUGUGGAAAGACUUUCACAAAGGCAUCAAACCUUAAAGUCCACCAGAGAGUUCACACGGGAGAAAAACCAUACCAGUGUACUGAAUGCGGAAAGACCUUCAGCCAGGGCAUAGACCUUCGGCGGCACCAGAAGGUCCACUCGGGAGAAGCCAAAAGCAGAGAAGUUCGAAAAGAAUAGAUCGGUUCAGGUAGUCCUCACACAGUCAAGGCCUCUGUAAACUGCUAACUUAUUUAAGUCUUGAAGACCUCCAACACAGUGAGCUGGAUCGUAAAAGAUCUCUACCAAUCUCCAAGAAACAUGAUCUGAACAGUGAAACAAAGAAUGAAAACUCAGACCCUUCCUGGCUAUGCCUAUUAAGGAAACUCUGAGAGGCCCAAUUCGAGUCAUUACAAAUGGCAAGUGACACAAGAAGCACAAUUUUCCAAGAACGAGAAGAUGUCCAUUGUGUUGUCCAACCUUGGUAAUACAUUUCAUGACCCUACUCUACCACAAAGGAAAUAUCAAGGCCACACAAUCCUGAAUAACGAUGAAACUGAAGAGCACUCGGUAGGGUGAACUGCCCGGCUGUCAACUGAGGUUGCCAGUAUUUCAAUCACAGUGUGUCCUAUUAAUGUCAGUGGCAUUUUGUAUCGGGAGUCGUAGCCUCAAGCAAAUUUCAUAAGGUAACACGUGAUAGAUUAAGAGUCCUGUUUGUGCCCAGAAGAGAAAAAUCUGUAGAAAUUUGUCGAGUUGACAAUGCAGUGUAGGAAGACUUUGUUAGGAGUAAAGGGUCAUGGUUCAUAAUGGACAUCUGAAGAAAAGAUCUUGAGCAAAUAGAAGAGUACAGGUUAAGAAAUUGAGAAGAAUUGGACCUCUGUGUUAGGCUACAUUCAUGCUGCACUUCAGUUGUCAUUGUUCACUUGCCAUUAUUUCACUCCUAUGUGACACAGAUCUGAUGUGUCUUUGUGAAGUGUGAACAGCAAAAAAAAAAAACACAUGGAAUCUCAAACUUUCAGAUCAGAUUUGCACCACUUUUUGUAUGUGGUACGAAGUCCAAUACCAAGAGAUGUGACCCUUGAAUCAGAACUGUGUGGACGUUUACGUCAUUUUGCUUCACCGUUCAAGCGACCUCUGUUAUAGCUAUGCAUUUAAAAUCGAGAUGGAUCACACUACAGUGCCAAUGCAGCAUUCCAAUGUAAAGAAAACAAGGUGGCAGACUUAAUAAGAAUUUCGGGGUGGGGGACUCCUGCCAGCUAAUACGACCUGACUACUGUUCAUGUUCUCACAGAAAUGGUGCACCUCAAUCACAUAUUUUACCAAGAGAGUUUUGGGAACUUGUUGUCAUAGGCAAUCAAACAUCUCCCUCAACAUUCUGAAAUUGUCCGACCAACCUUUGUUUUGCAUCCAACCAUUCACAUUCAGCUUUCGCCAGUCCUGGUUCUGCCCAGUGUUAAAUCUAGAAUUGAUAGCCUGCACUGCUGCAUGUACCUCACCUACCUGUUAUUUAUUUCUUUAUUUUUGUUAAUCCAGCAGAUCCUUCUAAAUGGUCUGUUGGCAAAGUAGAACGAAGCCAUCGAAGUGAAGAUAACCAGACUGAGAGAUAUGUGAAUGUUCAGAAAAUGACAGCGAGUCGAUACCACAAAAUCAAUCAAAUCCAAAGCACUUAACUGUGAAUGACUUAAAAACGAGAAUUGGCACAAGUCAGCAACCAAAAAAUAUACUGUCACCAAAGCCUAGGCCUAAAACCAUUAAAGUUGGAAGGAGAAUUCAUGAGUUUAUAAUCAAAAGACCUACGGUCACUAAGGUGGAGUUGUAAGACCAUUUAACUCAUCAGUUCUCAUUCUCAACUUUGUUAAUAAUCAAAAGGCGUAUGUUAAGAAAAGCUAGACGCAUGACUGUUAAAGUCAAAAGCGAGAAUUGGUAACGAGUCAAUAAUCUAAAGAAGGGUCAUCACCGAGAGCGGGCACUGAAGUUGUUUAAGGACUGGAUCUGUAAUCUCGGUCCCUUCACCAAAUGGCAUUAUGUGGUGGCGCAGUAAAGUCUGUAGCAAGGGCAUACAGUGUCCUGACAUCACGGCUGCAAAAUGUCGAAACUUACAAUAUAGCGAUGCAGCAAACUUAGAAACUAAUGAUAAUAAAAUUCUAUUUAUUGUUAAGUGAAUAAUAUAAACCAACCAUAAGUUAAUAUUCCAAGAAACCACAGUAGAGCAGCAGAAAACAAAGCAAAUAAAAUGUCAAAGAUGUCCCAGGUCAUAGGAGUCAUGGCUCCUCUCUGAUGUUCACAGGUUACCGAGAUCUAAACACAAUGGCACACGAAACCUCAGGCCUCAAGGCAAAAUCAACUUAGUAUACCAAUUAUGAUUAUGUAACAAAAAUGGUCCCUAUUACCUCAUUGUCAGAGUAUUUUUGCUUUCCACAGUAGAUUAAUAAAAUUCUGUGCAUAAAUAUAUAUAAAAAAAUGAAUAUUUCAAAGACAACAAGGGAUGUUACCCUGGCUAUUUCAUAAUAAUUGUGAAGUAGUGCAGUCUGUGUUCAUGGGGGAUUGUUAGCAUCCAAUAAUUCUGAUUUAUGAAUUCUGUUCAUGUGCGGCACAUUUACAACGGAUAUCUGUACACACUCAUUGAAAGGUAUGGAUCAAGUGUAAAAUUAACCUGAACAAUCAAACAAACAAAAAAGAAAAGAGGAUUGAGCUGUAAUGUGAAUGAAGCGGCAGGCAUCCAAAUAGCGAUCACCAGUUGCUUUACUGCUUGGACGAGACUCUUGCCGGUGCGUACAUUUGUUCUCUGAUCUGUGCCACUCUACUCUCAACAGAUCCUCUACUCUUGGUUAUAGUUCAGCAUCUACAAUCAAACAGAUGUGCCAUCUUGAGUCACACGUCCCCCCAUAAUCUCGUCAGGCCUCCUCUGUGUCGGAUCAUCACACUUAAAUAUUCUAUUGAAAGAAUCUCUUGGGGUCAUCUUUCACCUUCUUCACAGUAUUUUCCUUUUACCUUUCCUAGUACCCUUUCUAACAUUGCUCCCAUAAACCCCUCGGUUAUCACUGGAGUUAUUUCUCUUCUACGCCUUCCACAACUGUUUCCCCUUUUAGCUCCUUCGUUAUCCACCACAGAGGUUUCCAUUCAUUUGCUGUAUAAGUUGGAGUGGCCACUUUAGUAGUGCUUUGGUGUUACACAAACCUCAAUGGCAUCUCGAAUUUUCCUGCUGUGUGUAGAUGUCUACAUUUGAGGUUUGACGACUGGCGUGUCUGUGGAUUUUCACUGGUCUGAUGACGUGGUUCUGCUUUUAGAGCCAUUCUUCAAUAUCCUUGUAGUACUUAAGAGUCCUAUUCACCAGGGAGGCUGCGUGAGCAGGUUAUAAAUGUAAAUUUAGAUUUGAGCGUUUCAGAUUUUUUAAAAAUUGACCAAUAAUAUAUAUAUAUAUUAUCACAACAUAAUUUAUUUAAUUCUGCGUAUAAUUUUAUUAUCCUUUUAAUUCUGUUCUUUUAUAUUAUGAACUGUACACUGUAUGUUGCUCUUCAUUGUUCUGUUUAUGUCAAAUGUAUAAAAGAAAUGUAUUACAUGCUAAUCAGAAAUACAUCUAAGGAAAUUUUCUUUCCCUAUAACGGAGUAUAUUUCUUUGUAUGACCAGCGUCACCCUACGUGAUUUUGAAUCGGAGAUCAUGUUGUAUUUAAUGAUUGCUGUUGGAUGUUUUAUUGUGAAAGCUUUCAUAUUAUGGAUAACCCUAAAGGUGUCUGGUACUUUUUCACGAAAGACACUUCACUAACCUCUUCGGUUUUUUUUUUUAUAACUGGCGGACAAGAAGAAUGUCUUAGCUGAGAGUUUCUCUGCCCAUGUGGCGGCACUCUCGAUUCACAGCGGCAGCAUUGCAGGUGGUUUGUAGGCGAUCCCAAAUGAUCUCCCCAACCUCCUGUCUGAUGAUCUUGUGUAAUAAAUCAAAGCACACAAGACAGAUAAAGAGUUGGGGAGCCUCCCCAUAUACUGGUCGUGGGUUCCAGUUCCGGGUAGGACAGUCAAAAUUAGCACAAAACAAACACAUUUGAGAACACAGUAUGGUUUCUCAGAGCUUUUAAUGGAGGAGGCUUAAUGACAACAGGAAAUUAACUGAUGGA